CUCAGCUCACCUCAAUAAGAGCCAUACCCUCUCUCCCACCACACCCAUAUCACCAAAUUUUCCCAAAUUCUUUUCAAGCAUUCAAGCUUUGAUUUUGAACCACUUGAUUACAGAAAGAUUCAAACUUUGAAGAGAGUCAGGAAGAAGAAGAAGACAUGGGUGUAGACUACUACAAGCUUUUACAGGUCGACAAGAGCGCCACAGAAGAUGAACUGAAGAAGGCUUACAGAAAAUUGGCUAUGAAGUGGCACCCUGAUAAGAACCCCACCAAUAAGAAAGAAGCUGAGACCAAAUUCAAGCAGAUCUCUGAGGCCUAUGAGGUUCUGAGUGAUCCACAGAAAAGAGCAAUCUAUGAUCAGUAUGGUGAAGAAGGCCUUAAAGGCGGCAUUCCGCCUCCAGAUGCUGGGGGGCCUGGUGGUGCCACGUAUUUCCAAACUGGAGAUGGUCCAAAUGUGUUUAGAUUCAACCCCAGGAAUGCCAACGACAUUUUUGCGGAGAUCUUCGGGUUCUCUAGCCCAAUGGGUGGUGGAAUGGGAGGAGGUGGUUUUGGUAGUGGCAUGAGGGGUGGAAGAUCAUCCUUUGGUGGAAUGUUUGGGGAUGACAUGUUUAGUUCUUUUGGAGAAGGCCGACCGAUGAGUCAGGGACCAAGGAAAGCUUCUCCUUUGGAGAGGAAGUUGCCAUGUAGUCUUGAGGAGCUCUAUAAGGGAACCACAAAGAAGAUGAAGAUAUCUAGGGAAAUUGCAGAUGCAAGUGGGAGGACAAUGCCGGUGGAGGAAAUCUUAACCAUUGAGGUCAAGCCUGGCUGGAAAAAAGGAACAAAGAUCACUUUCCCAGAGAAGGGGAAUGAGCGUCCAAACGAAGUUCCUGCAGAUCUCGUAUUCAUAAUCGAUGAGAAACCACACAGCACAUUCACAAGGGAUGGGAACGACCUGGUGGUAACACAGAAGAUCUCGCUGGCAGAAGCACUAGUAGGUUACACACUGCAUCUCACCACACUAGAUGGGAGGACCCUCACCAUCCCCAUCAACACUGUCAUUCAUCCAAACUACGAGGAGAUAGUCCCUCGGGAGGGUAUGCCUAUACCAAAAGAUCCCUCCAAGAAGGGCAACCUUAGAGUGAAAUUCAACAUCAAAUUUCCAACUAGGUUGACUUCUGAACAGAAGGCUGGAAUCAAGAAACUUUUGGCUGCGUAAUUUUAAUUUUAUUGCUGCUUUAUUCGAGUCUCAAGAGUGUUGUGAAUAUUUUUUGAGAUGACUUGGAUAUGAAUAACUAGUUUUAAUUUUAAGGUUUACAUUUGGUUGUAAUCAGAAAUAAAGAUUAGUUCUGUGUGGCGGA